AUGAAAGCGUCUUCUACUACAAACACAACAUUGACAACCGCAUCUUCUAACGCAUUACUAGCACAAGAUUCCAUGUCUACUUCCAUAUCAUCGAUUAAGACGUAUAACCCUAUACCCACUAAACCACAAUGUAUAACCAAUCCUUUACUCAACAUAGAUACUCAACUUGGGAUGCCACCAACUUUACAACCAAGUGAUAGUACCAAUAGUUCUAAUUCUAAUUCUAAUUCGAGGUCAAGCUCACCUAGUGUUAUCCCCCCAUUAGAUGAAUUAGUUAAUGAUUGUUUUUUACAUACAAUAAAUCAACUUGAAGAUCUUAAUAAGUUAUCAAUAGUUGAAUCAUUUAUGCAAUAUUUAAUUAAACAACAUUGUCAAGAAAACUUAUAUUUCUUAAUUGAUAUUUAUAAAUAUGAAUUUUAUUAUAAUAAACUUUAUAAUAAUAAUCAUGAAUCAGUUGAACAUAGAUUAAAUCAUACUCCAAGUCCAAGUCUAGCUAAAUAUAUGUCAUCUAAUGCAUCACUUAAUUCAAUAAUACAACCUUCAUAUCGUAAUAACAGUUCCAAAAGAAAUUCCAUUACCACAACUUCAUCUUGUACUAUAAAUAAUGAUGAUGGAAUGUUUAUGGCUGACGAUUUAGAUGCUAAUGAAUAUGCUCAAUUUAAUGCUAAUAUAUGGGAAGAGUUAAGAUCAAGACAAAUUGACGAUGAUUCUGAAAGUGAAUUUGAUUAUCAACAAGAUGAUGAAGAAGAUGAAGAAGUAUUAAUGAAUCAAUGGAAUUAUAUUAUGAAUACUUAUAUUAAAAUUGAUUCAACUUGUCAAAUUAAUAUCUCUCAAAAAUUAUUUAAAGAAAUUGCAGAAGAAUCAAUUAAUAAUUCAAUUCAUAAUCCCUUGGUUUUAAUUAAAGCAAGAAAUGAAACUUUUGCAUUGCUUAAGGAGAAUGGUUAUAGUUCAUUUGUUAGUAAAUUUAAAUCAAAUUCAUUAUUAAUUAAAAGCAAUAAUUCAACCAUAUCGAGUUCACCAACAACAGCACCAACUUCCCAUUCUUUACAACAACAACUACUUUCACCAAAGGGUCAUCAUAACAACUAUCAUAACAACCAUCAAGUAAUAACCCAAUUAGUAUCACCCAUCACAAACCCAAACUCCCCAACCACCCCACCAAUCAUAUUAACAUCACCAACAACAGUAGCACCUACCAAACCAACAUCAGCACCAAGUCCAGCAAUCACAUCCCCAACAACCACCACAGCAUCAGCAACUCCUACAAAUAGUGGAUCAAAUAGUUCACAUUCAUUAUUUAAUAAAUUAUCUCAAUUACCUUCCAAAAAAUCAAAAGCUGAGGAAAGUUCAAGUUCUUUAUCAAACUUAUUCUUUUUUAGAGAAUUAAAAGCGGCAGCUGAGAAUACUAAUCGGACGGGGAAAGUAGUUACUCCUCCAAAUGUUUAUCCUAGUCAUAGUCAUCAUAAUCAAUCUAAUCCUGAUACUAUGAGUCCAAUUGAAAGUGGUAAAGAAAAAGAAGAUUCUUCAUUAAGUUUUAAAUUUUGGUCAAGAAGGAAAUGA